AUGUCUUUCGCAUUUUCAUUUGAUUGUGAAGAAGAUGUUUAUCAGUUCGCCUAUUGCUACCCAUAUACCUACAGCAGAUUACAAACAUACUUGGGUACAAUAGAAAGUAAAAACUAUUCCCACUUCAAGAGAGAACUUUUGGGCCUUACAGUACAACAAAGGCGUUUAGAUCUCUUAACGAUUACUCACCCCAAUAAUUUCAAUGCAUCAACCACGAAAAACGUAUAA